AUGUAAAUUACUGGCACGCUUCCUAAGCCAAAAAAGAUUGGAAGCAUCAAGAAUGGGAAGGUGAAUUACCCUCAAGAUUAAAAUUUCUUUCAUUCAUCUGAUAUUGCUCCUCAGGCGAGAAAUGCAGUUUAAGAGAUGAAAGAACUAACAAAUCCUGAUAUACUGGCAACUAAGAAGCCAGAGUGGAAUCUAAGUAAUGCCACUGUAGGCCACAAGACUCAAGAAAGUCAUUCUCAAAACUUAUUUAAUGUAACGAUAGAUUUUGAAGCAAUUGAGAAUAGGUGCGUUUCGGAUUAAAAGAUGAGAAAAUACUAUCACCCAAGGAUCCAUUUGUUUAUGCUGGAACUGACACUCGUAACAUUUAUCAUGACGACUGGAAUGUAUCCAUUGAUGUUCCCAUUCCUAGACAUUAGCAUAAGAAGAUAUAAGAAGAGUAUAUUACCAUUAAUGAUUUAAACUCUUAAUAGCACUAAGGUAAUGCAAUAAAAGACUAAAAUAAAGAAUGAAAAACUUGUAUAAGAUAAGUAUAAGCCUCCACACUUGCUGACAAAGGAAUACAAUGAGAGUUUGAGAAAGGAAAAGGAGGAUUUGUCAGAGAUGAAAGAUACUUUUAUGAAGUAAACUCUCUAUGAGAUGCCAAGAGCGACCAAGGAGAGAGUUGAAGCCAUUGUAUUUAAAAAGAUGUAUGUGGCAUAGCAUAUAGCACAGGAGCCAGAAGACCCUUAACUUACUUUGUAGCCAGAUAUGACAAAGACUCUGAGGAACACUAAGUAAAGAAAGUACUAUCACAAUGGAAAGUGGGAGAUGAACAGAGUGGACAAUGAGGAGUGCUGGUCCUGCUGCAUGAACUCCGACAAGGACAGCGAAGGCUGCGUAGCUGUCAUCAAGGAUAAAUAAAAGUGGAUCUUAUCAUCAUACUCUUGA